UUUUUUUUUUUUCUAGUUUCAGAAACGCUUGUCUUUGACCCACAGACGAGCUGUAUUUGCUGGUUAGUUAAAGUGACGUAAAAUAUAGUGGGUUAUGAUACUCAAGUUGAUUGGCAUAAACAUCAACUAAUAAGGUGCUUGAAAUAUGACCGUGAUGUAAUUUCUGUGUUUCUAUUUUUUAAGGCUGUUGCACGAAUGAACAUGUUAUCAAAGUAGUUUAUGGAAUAACAGGCAAUCCCUGUAAUUGGAAUUUGUGGUUCGGUGCUUCUAAGUAGUCAGCUGAUCGCGAGUGUGAUAACUGGCUUGUUGUGGUGACUUUGGGUUAAACAAUUAUGAGUUCUCAGAGGGGUAAUGUUUCCCGUACUCGUUCUCAAAAGCACAAGAAUACAACGGUGUUUAAAAAUGACAAAUACGAUGCCACUAACACUCUAAAGAAACUCAAUACUAAAGUUCAUGAUGGAGUUUGUCAACGGUGUAAGGACAUACUGGAAUGGAAAAUUAAAUAUAAUAAGUACAAGCUGCUUACAAAGCCUAAGAAAUGUGUGAAAUGCUUUCAGAAGACUGUGAAAGAGGCGUAUCAUGUCUUGUGCAAACCCUGUGCCCUUAAAUUAGGAUUCUGUGCAAAAUGUGGAAAGAGUGAGGAAAUUGUUAUUUCGUUUUCCCGUCAUAUGGCUGUGGAGUUGUCUCGAGUUUUGGACAAUUCAGUUCCUUUUUUUUCUUCAUCUUCAGCCACCUUUAUUGAAUUAUCACUUGUG